AUGUCUGGUCCUCAACUAGAAGACAGCGAUGUCAUUCAACAAUGUAAAAAAGUGAUUGGAAUGUUUAACGGAAAGCAAGUCAACUUUUGGUUUGUCAGAACUCCUGAGUUGUAAGUUCAUUGUUUCUUAUACAGAGAAAAUGACAAUAAUUUCUUAAUAUAUGGAAUUUAUUAUAUGCUCCAUGAGGUUUAACUAAGAAAGUUGAUUUUAUUUUGACACAAAUUGUGAAAACUAUCUGUCGAGAAGCUAAAACAGUUUUGGCAUUGUUUGCACAGUAAUUAACGUUUACUAUGACGCUAGCAGACGGUUCAACAAGUUUUUCGAUAUCCUGAAAAUACACGUAAAAAAUAUGUUAUUUUUGUCUUGAAAAAGGUUUUUGAAAGAAUAAAAUUCAAUUUGUAGUCUGUAAAAUUACAGAUUUGUUGAAAGGGAAGUUGCUCAAAGUACAAGUAAAAAUAUAAUUGUGAGAUCUUUUUGAAACCUAUUUAUCAUCACGUUACAACAUAAUUUAUCAAUUCUAUCAAUGAUUAAUUGACAAUUUUGUAUGCUAAAAGAAAAAUUCUUACUUUAUAUACGUUUGAUUGAAAUAACACUGUAAAAAUGAAUUCUACAGUUUGUAAAACGUGGUUACAGAAGUAUAAUAACCUAAAUGAAAACGUAAACAUUUUAAGCUUAAAAUUUUAGCUUGAUCGAUGCAAAAGACAAUCACAUUCCAAUCCCAAUCGGCCACUUGGGUGUAAUCUGUGACCUGGCCUUGGCCAUUGUUAUUGGAGCUGAAUUAGACCAUAAUUCAGGCCGAGGUGACAUUAAGAACGCUAUCAAUGGCUAUGGAGCUGUGUUGGCUGCUAGGACAAAGUAGGUUUUAAAACCGGUUUUAAACUAUUAGGUUAUUCAAAUAAUUCUGUGCUUCUUUCAAAGCAAAUUUUUGGGGUUAAGGGCCAUAGAACUAUUUGAAAAACCUAAUAUUUUGUUUCUUCUUUACAUAGUUUGAAGGUUUGAAAAGUAGAUUUUAAUGUAAAAUACGGGACAUGAUGGUUUCACAACUUUUUUAAAUAACCAAUAUAAAUCGGUUUGAAAUUUUAGGGAUUCUGAAUACGAAGACCCAGAAGGCACUGGACUUCACAAAAUCCACGAGUUUUCGGAUGGAACUGCUCUCUCCACCUUGGUUAACACUCAAUAUGCCACUGGAAUCGAGCAAAGCUCUGUAAGUUUACAACUCUUCUUUUUGUGACAUUAAUUUUUUAUGUCGACGCAAAAAGAAUGGCAUUUUGUAGCAAAAAUUUGUAUUAGACUUGUUAAGUAGGUUAAGCGGGUUGGUUAAGCGAUAUAAUUUCAAGCUGAACUGUGGGUUUAUUUUGCUUACUUUUUGGCCUAAAAAGGAAAUCACAAAUUAAUAAAAAUCAUUUUUAUUUUAAAAUGUCAAAGAAAGUCAAAGUACAAAUUGAUAUUACAAAAAGGUGUCCACGAGGUUUGAAACCGGCUGACAAGUCCCGUUUCCUUGUUCUAGACAUUUUAUUGUUAAUAUUAGAAGAAUCGAUCAAAGAGUGUUUAAAAAGCUUUCGAAAUUUGAUAAUUAGUUCAAGUAAUCCAAUAUACGGUUUAAUAUCGAUUAUAACAUUGAUCUGAAUUAAAAUUAAUCUAUCUUAUACUUAACAUUGAUAUAUGCAUUGUUAUACUUUAGGUAUGGUACUCAGUAAACGACAAGGUACAGAAGAAGAUCAAUAUCGCUGAUCUCCCUCAUGACCCAGUCUCUUUGGUGUUCGAAGCUUUGAAAUGGGGAAAGCUACAGCCAGGAGACCUUGUCCUGUUCAUGGUUGAUGGAGAUAACUACUGUAAGGCUGGAGAUACGAUCGAAUUAGGCUUGGAAGGCUUCCUACGAUCUCAAUUUACCGUGGAAAAGAUGAGCGAAGUUCAGGCAGCCAUCAACCAGGACCUACAUCGACACGAAAAGAUGGUUAGACAUGUGGUCGACGAACUUUUGGACCAUUAA